AUGGCCGACUACAAGCUGAAGGCCGUCUCCUCGCUAUCACUCCGACCGGGUGACAAGCAAGAGGUCGAAGUUGAGGGCAUCGAAGGAGCCAAGGUUCUGCUCGUCAACGCCGGCGGCAAGAUCCAGGCCGUUGGUCCCAAGUGUACCCAUUUCGGUGCUCCUCUCGUCAAGGGCGUCUUGACGACUUCUGGUCGAUUGACUUGCCCGUGGCACGGAGCCUGCUUCAACACCAAAACCGGUGAUGUCGAGGAUGCCCCCGCCCUCGACUCCAUUCCCGUCUUCAACGUCACCGAGCGCGACGGCGCAGUCUACAUUACCGGCGAAGAAUCCGCCAUUAAGAGCGGCCGACGGAAGCCCAACUUCAAGUGCAAUGUCGUCAGUGGGACUCAGGAGGAGAAGGUCGUCAUUGUCGGUGGCGGCUCAGGCGCCCUGGGAGCUGUCGAAGCCCUGCGCAACGGCGGUUACCAAGGUCCAUUGACAAUCAUCUCCUCCGAGGGAUACCUCCCCAUCGACCGUACCAAGUUGUCCAAGGCCCUUCUCACAGACGUCAACGCCCUGCAAUGGAGAGACAAGGCUUGGUUCGAGAGCGGCUCUGUUGACUGGGUUGACGACGAAGUCACCGACGUCGACUUCUCCGAUCGCAAGGUAUCCACAAGCGGCGGCAAGACGCUGCCCUACACCAAGCUUAUCCUGGCAACCGGUGGAACUCCAAGGAACCUACCCCUGCAGGGCUUCAAGGUCCUCGGCAACAUCUUCACCCUUAGGACGGCCCACGACACACAAAAGAUUGUCAAGGCCAUCGGCGAGAAGGGCAAGAAGAUUGUCAUUGUUGGAUCCUCCUUCAUCGGUAUGGAGGUAGCCAAUGCCACCGCCAAAGACAACGAUGUAACCGUCAUUGGCAUGGAGAAGGUACCCCUCGAGAGGGUUCUCGGAGAGAAGGUCGGCGCUGGUAUCCAGAAGAGCCUUGAGAAGAACGGCGUCAAGUUCCACAUGAACGCCGGCGUGGAGAAGGCUGAGCCCUCUGGUUCUGACCCGUCCCAUGUCGGGGCGGUUCACCUCAAGGACGGCACCAAACUGGAGGCUGACCUGGUCAUCCUGGGAGUUGGUGUUGCGCCCGCCACUGAGUUCCUCAAGGAGAACAAGGUCAUCCGCCUUGAGCAGGACGGUUCCAUCAAGACAGACGAGAACUUCUUGGUUGUUGGGCUGAAGGACGUCUACGCCAUUGGCGACAUUGCCACAUACCCGUACCACGGACCUGGGGGCGAUGGACGAUACACGCGCAUCGAGCACUGGAACGUCGCCCAGAACGCCGGCCGUACCGUGGCUAGCAACAUCAUCAACGCGGCGGUGCAGCCUGCGCGCUUCAUCCCCGUUUUCUGGUCGGCCUUGGGCUCCCAACUGCGGUACUGCGGCAAUACAAUUGGCGGUUGGGAUGAUGUUGUAAUUCAGGGAAGCGUCGAGGAGUCAAGCUUCGUCGCCUAUUACACCAAAAGCGACACGGUUGUGGCGAUGGCGUCCAUGGGCAAGGAUCCCGCCAUGGUUCAGUCGGCUGAGUUGAUGGCUUUGGGUAAGAUGCCGUCCAAGAAGCAACUGGCCGACGGCCUGGAUAUCACCACCAUCGGACCGCUGGAAGCAUAG